AUGAAGUCUUUCAAUAGAAAUUCUCAGCUAGAGGCGAAGCCACAAUUAGUCAGCUGCCCUGUUUGUUCAAAGAAAGUACUCUUUUCGAGCAUUAAUGCUCAUUUAAAUACAUGUGCUGAGACUCCACAUUCCUCAGUCCCAGAAACAAAGACUAAAAGUGUAUCAUCUCUGCUGCAGGGAAAUCGAAAAAGAGGGCCACCAGAGGAUACAACAGUAGUGAAUAUUGAUGACGAGGAUAAGAAACAAGUAGGAGCAGAAGAAGAAGAAAACGUAGUAGUGCAUAAAAAGAUUAAACCCGAUCCCAAGAUCGAGAGGGAGAAUGAGAUCAAGUAUCUACAAAAAAUUAUUCAUUUACCAUUAUCUGAAAAACUAAGACCAAAGGAGUUGAAAGAAUAUGUGGGUCAGCAACAUAUUUUGUCUCAAUCCAAAGGAAUUUUAUACAAAUACAUAGAACAAAAUGUCAUCCCAUCAAUGAUACUCUGGGGUCCUCCAGGUGUAGGAAAAACUUCAUUAGCACGUCUCUUGACGAAGUCUGCAACAAAUAAAUAUUAUAUGAUUGAAACAAGUGCAACAAAAGCGAAUACUCAGGAGCUUAGAUCUAUUUUCGACAGAGCUAAAAAAGAGUUUCAAUUAACUAAGAGAAGGGUGAUUCUUUUCAUUGAUGAAAUACAUAGGUUCAAUAAGUCGCAACAAGAUUUAUUGCUGCCUCAUGUGGAAAAUGGCGAUAUAAUACUGAUCGGUGCCACCACUGAAAACCCCAGUUUUUCACUCAAUAAUGCAUUGAUCAGUAGAUGUCAUGUAUUUGUGCUUGAGACGCUAAGCGUCAACGAACUUUGCAUUGUACUUUCAAGAGGAACUGCUUUGUUAAACAAAUGUAGAAACUUAAUUUUAGGUGUCAAGCAACCAUUAAAACUUUCAAGAGCAUGCUUAGAAUAUAUUGUUGAUGUUUCCAUUGGAGAUACAAGAAGAGCAUUGAACUUAUUGGAAAUGAUUGAAAUCUCAACGCGUCAAAAAGGUGAAAAUGAAGAGAUUGAUGUCGAAAUGGUUAGAGAUAUUGUUAAAAGCAACAGUAGUAAUGGGUUGAGUACCUACUAUGAUCCCAAAGGAGACAAUCAUUAUGAUACCAUUUCAGCGUUCCAUAAAGCUGUAAGGGGUAGUGACGAAAAUGCCUCUCUAUAUUAUCUAGCUCGAAUGUUAAAAGGUGGAGAGGAUCCUUUGUAUAUUGCCAGACGCAUGAUUCGAAUUGCUAGUGAAGAUAUUGGUCUUCGGGAUAAUACUCUAUUACCUCUAGCAAUUGCGGCACAUAAUGCAGUUAUGAAAAUUGGUCUACCUGAAGCAAAUCUUGCACUAGCACAAUGUUGUGUUGCACUGGCACGUGCUCCUAAGUCUGUCGAGAUAUAUAGGGCAUGGAAUAAAGUUAGUUCUAUGCUCAAUGAAAAUGUCUUUUCGAUGGCAAGUAGCGAAAUACCAAUGCAUAUUAGAAAUGCACCCACGAAGUUAAUGGAGGAAUUAGGAUAUCAUAAGGGCUAUAAAUAUAAUCCAGAUUAUCUCGACGGUAAGGUAAAGCAAGAAUAUUUCCCGCAAGAAGUACUGGACAAAUGUACCGACAAGAAUGCAUUAAAAUUUUUAGAUGGCAGAUAUUUAGGCGAUAGAAUUGAUCCAGACCUAGAAGAAGAGGGAACAUAA